AUGAUAACACAGACUCUACACGCUGUGGACUAUGUACUUCUUGUUUUACUUCUUUUAACAUCAGCAAUUAUCGGUAUUAUAUUUGGUAUUUUCAAAAAAAAGAAAAGUUCAGCAAAGGAAUUUCUUCUUGGUAACCGCGAAAUGGGAGUAUUUCCAACAGCUCUAAGUAUAGCGGCAUCGUUCCUAUCAGCUAAUACUCUUUUAGGAAUGCCAAGUGAAGUUUAUAUGCAUGGAACUAUGAUCUCUUACAAUGUUAUUGGACUUAUCAUAGCGACAGUAAUAACAGCAUUGGUAUUUAUGCCAAAAUUUCGUCAAAUGAAUUGUACAAGUAUUUAUGAAUAUUUAGAACAACGUUUCGAUCGUACUGUACGUGUUUGUGUUUCUAUUGUCUUUUCGUUUUCAAUGUUGAUCUAUAUGGCUAUUGUUUUAUAUGCUCCAGCUUUAGCACUCAGUCAAACCACUGGUUUAAAUAUAUGGCUUUCUGUUUUUACAAGUGGAAUUGUUUGUACCUUUUAUUCGUCUUUAGGCGGAAUGAAAGCCGUUAUUUGGACUGACGUUCUACAAGCAUUAGUUAUGCUUAUUGGUCUUCUCUCAGCAAUUUUACAAGGUUUGAUUGUACUUGGUGGUUUUGGUCCGACAUUUUCGAUCGCAUCCAAAGGUGAUAGAAUACAAUUUAAUAAUAUGAGUAUAGAUCCUCGAGUUCGUCAUACAGUUUGGUCUUUAAGUAUUGGUGGUACUUUCAAUGGUUUAUGUGCUUAUAGUUUUAGUCAAACAUUAGUUCAACGAUAUAUGAGUGUUCGAACAACACAGGGUGCUAAACAAGCAUUAUUUAUUAAUAUCAUAUGUGUAGUGUUCAUCAUUCUUUCGUGUUGUUUCCUUGGAAUUAUAAUUUAUUCAUAUUAUGCUGAUUGUGAUCCAUUUACGGCCAAAUAUAUUUCGACUAUUGAUCAAAUAUUUCCUUAUUUUGUAAUGGACGUUUUAAGUUAUAUUCGAGGUUUACCAGGAAUUUUUCUUGCUUGUACAUUUUCUGGUUCAUUGUCAACAAUAUCCUCUGGUUUAAAUAGUCUUGCAGCUGUAAUUAUCGAAGAUAUUUAUAAAGGUUUAAUGAAUGGGAAAUUAACUGAUGAAAGGCAAGGUUUCGUUUCAAAGAUUUUUUCAAUUAUCUUAGGAAUUGUUGUCAUGUUAUUAACAUAUAUAGCAAGUCAUUUAGGACCGAUAUUCAUUGCCACAAUAUCUCUAUUGGGUGCUUUACAUGGUCCGAUUAUGGGUGUUUUUUUACUUGGUUUCUUUUUUCCACGAGCUAAUCGACGUGGAGGUUUAAUUGGUUUCAUUUCUGGUAUUGUUCUAUCAUUAUGGAUCUUUAUUGGAUCACAAAUGACGAAAUCUCAAAGAGGAAGUGAACGUUUGCCAUUAUCUAUUGUUAGUUGUCCUUUAUUAAUUAAUCAAACAAUAAGUGUUUCUAUUCCAAUCAAAUCGGAUCCAUUAUUUAAAUUGUAUUCUGUUAGUCAUAUGUGGUAUUCAACAAUUGGAGUUAGUUUAGUUCUGAUUGUUGGUGUUAUUGUCUCAUAUUUAACACAUCCACUUGAAUCUCACGAGAUUGAUCAAAAUUUGAUUAUUUCAAUAAAUAAAAAGACUUUUCGUCAUUGGUUUCGUUGUGAUAUUGAUCAUGAAAACGACACAGAACAGACAAAUGAAAAUGAACUUAAUAUUAGGAAACCAUUUAUUCCUUUGGCAAUUUUGAAAAAAGCAAAUGAUAGUUAA